CUCGGCAGUGCGGUUAUUUAGUACCGAGCGCUUCAAACUUGUGGAACCAUUUCCUCUUGAACUUCUUGUUGUAGGUGUGGAUUUCACUUUUUGUUCUGUUUAACUCAGUCCUCGCAAAGCGAGGCGUUUUCUCUGGACGAAGAUGGAAUCCAAGAGGCUGGUCUUGAUUUAGUAUCUGAGUCUCCUGGAGUUACCUGGAGAUCGAGCGCUCACUGCCGAGGCCGAAGCUCUGCUCUUGUUUGUAGGGCGAAGGGCGGAAGGUGUUUUCUCUUUCUGUUUUAUUUUUUGUCAGACUGAUUGUUCGGCCCACAUUAAGUUACCAACAAAGUUGCGAAGAUGAGCAGUUUUGAUUCGGACGAGGAGCAGCUGGAAAUGGACGAAUUUCCUGACGGAGAUGAGGAGCUUUGUGUACAAAGAUACACUCCCAACUAUGGAACGAUGUAUGAACAAGAGCAACAUGCAUCUGAUCUGGGUCCAUUUCAUAAAGAGUCAACUUGCUUAGUUGGUACCAAAUAUGGGCUACUCACUGCGAAUGGUGCUGGACUCAUGAGCAAGUGCAUGGUUGACUUUGAUGGUAAUGAAGACUCUGUGUUUUUUGCUGAUGGUCAACGUCGAAUUGACUUUAUAUUGGUUUACGAAGAAGAGCCGAGGAAACAAGGAGAUCAAAAGAGAAUGCGAUCAAUUCUAAGCAAAAAGAGGAAAAGAGCUUUCUUUCAAGAAAACUUAAAGGAAGCUGGGCUGGAGAUUGAAGCUACAAGAUCAGUUUUAGAUUUCAAGACAAUUUUCCUGAAGCUCCAUGCACCCUGGGAAGUUCUCUGUCGUUAUGCUGAAGUCCUUCACAUAAAACUACCUCUACAAAGCAAUGAUUUAAAACAGAAGACCUCCACAUUUAAUUGCAUCACUAAGCUUUUUUCAGUGUCUGAAGACAAAAUUCCACCAGAGGAUGAAUUUUUCACUGCACCAUUUGAGAUGGACCGUAUUAAAAGUUUCCACACUGAAGAUCGCGAUGCCUUCUUCACACCAGCAACUCGAAGCAGAAUAGUCAAUUAUAUUUUGAAUCGUUGUGAAUAUAAAAAAGGAAAACCCAACAAGUUUGGUAUCGCUAAACUUCUGGGCUCAAAUACAUACAAGGCAGCUUAUACACUCCAUGAUUGUAAAUUCAACCAGAAAUCAUCGGACCCUGCGUGCCCCAAUGAAAGAUACCUUCUUUACCAGGAAUGGGCUCAUCCCAAGAACUUUUACAAACUGCAGCCUUUGGAUCUUAUCAGGAAGUAUUAUGGAGAGAAGAUUGGAAUAUAUUUUGCUUGGCUUGGUUUCUAUACAGGCAUGCUGGCCAUUGCUGGGUUUGCUGGUCUCCUGUGCUUUAUUUUUGGAAUACUAACAAUGGAUGACAGUACUUGGAGUCAAGAAGUGUGUGAUCCUGAGAUUGGUGGUCGUAUUAUCAUGUGUCCCCAGUGUGACAGAGAUUGUCUAUAUUGGAGACUCAAUAUUACUUGUCAGUCUUCAAGGAAAUUAUCCAUAUUUGACAACUAUGGAACACUAGCAUAUGCAGUAUUUAUGGCAAUUUGGGUGACUGUCUUUUUGGAAUUCUGGAAACGCCGUCAGGCGGAACUGGAGUAUGAGUGGGACACUGUGGAAUUAGAGCAGGAAGAGCCUCGCCGGCCAGAAUAUGAAGCAAAGUGCACAAUUCCGAAGAAGAAUCCAGUCACACAGGAAGAGGAGUUGGUUCCUUACUCGGCCUGUGGAAAAUGUAUGCGAUUAUUUUGUGGUGGAAGUACAGUCCUUUUCUGGAUUUCUCUGAUUAUUGCCUCAGUAGUUGCCAUCAUUGUCUAUCGGCUGGCUGUCUUCUUUGAGUUUUCUGUCAACCUCCCUAAAGCAAUUGAUGAUGACCUGGAGCCUCUCAAAGACUAUUUAACUCCUCAGAUGGCCACUUCUGUCACAGCUUCUCUCAUUAAUUUUGUGUUCAUUAUGAUUUUGAACAUAAUCUAUGAAAGAGUAGCAAUAAUGAUUACAGAUUUUGAGCUUCCAAGAACACAAACAGAUUAUGAAAACAGUUUGACCUUGAAGAUGUUUCUCUUCCAAUUUGUCAACUACUAUUCCUCCUGCUUCUACAUAGCUUUCUUUAAAGGCAAAGUUGUAGGUUAUCCUGGAGAUCCAGUUUAUUGGUUGGGGCGAUUCAGAAAUGAAGAGUGUGAUCCUGGUGGCUGCCUCAUAGAACUAUCAACCCAGCUGCUGAUAGUGAUGGGAGGAAAAGCAAUAUGGAACAACAUUCAAGAAGUUCUCAUUCCGUGGUUAAAGAAUCUUAUAAGUCGUUGCCAGACAAAAAGUUCUGAAAAUGUAAUCCCCAGAUGGGAACAAGACUAUCAGCUGCAGCCCAUAUCGAAGUUGGGCUUGUUUUACGAAUACCUUGAAAUGGUGAUACAGUUUGGAUUUGCCACAAUCUUUGUGGCAUCAUUUCCCCUGGCACCCCUGCUGGCACUGAUCAAUAACAUCAUUGAAAUUCGAGUAGAUGCAUGGAAAAUAACCACUCAGUUUCGACGCAUUCUCCCAGUCAAAGCACAAGACAUUGGAGCCUGGCUGCCAAUCCUAAACGGAGUGGCUAUUUUUGCUGCUGUGACAAAUGCAUUGAUCAUUGCAUUUACUUCUGAUAUGAUACCCAGGCUUGUUUACUACUGGACACUAUCAGUACAGCCCUAUGGCGAGUAUAGCAGCCCAACGAUGCGUGGUUACAUCAAUAGUACUCUCUCUGUUUUCAGAAUCGCUGACUUCAGUAAUAUCAGCAAACCCAUCAACUUACCUUCAUGGUUUGACCCUGAAAACGAUACCACCUGCAGGUACCGUGACCUCAGAUAUCCUCCCGGACAUCCUCUGGAGUAUCACCAUAGCCUUUAUUUCUGGCAUAUAAUGGCUGCCAAGCUAGCAUUUAUUAUUGUUACAGAGCACAUUGUAUUUGGGGUGAAAUUCCUUGUGUCGUACUGGAUUCCUGAUGUUCCAGAACAUAUUAAAGAGAAAAUUAAGCGUGAGAAGUAUUUAACACAGAAGAUUCUGCAUGAAUCUCACCUUACAGCUUGGCACAACAAAAUGACAGAUGCAACCAGAAACUUAAUAAAAGGUUCAAUAAGCCUGAAAGGCCAAGACAUGGACGUAUAAAUAACUGUUGCGCAAAAUUGUUUUCUUUAAUGUACAUUUUUUUAACUGGGAAUUUCUUUAAAUUCUAAUCUGUUUGAUUCCUAAGAGAGAAUCUUUUUUAGUUAUCUGUAAAUACCUUAUGGUUCGUUUUCUAUUUGUUCCACUGAAUUUUAUCUUGUUACAUUUAGACUAUACAAUUGUUCAAGCUGUUUCAGUAGUCCAUAGAAAAGUUAUUUUACUAUUAUUGCACUUAAUGGAAAACAGAAUUUUAGAACUCUUUUAUAAUCGGGGAAAUUCUUGUACAAAUAAGAAGGCUGUGAACAAAUAUGGAAAGUAGUUCCAUAUUUUCUGAUAAUUUUCAACUGAAAAUUGGGAAAAAAUGAAUGACAUUGCCAUGUUGCCAGAUGUUCCACAGCUGGUAGGAUAAUGUGUCCCAGCAGAUAUAGGAGGAUUUUCUAAGUGAAGGAACAGUUCUGGGAGAAGACUGAUGAUAUUUUUUGAAGUCUGCACUCUACCAGCAAUCCUGUCAUAUGUAGAAAUUACUGAGUGCAUGAGUAAAGUAUAAUUCCAGAUAUUUGAUAUGCUAACUGAAUGGAUGAUAUAAGUGGUUUCUCCUAUUUUGACCAUUUGGUCAUUCAGAAUCUAGUUAACAAUAUGGUCAUGGCAUUUAAGAUUAUUACCAUUCUAUUCGUGCCAUUUGCCUAGGGAAUUGUGAGACCCUAAAGAGUUUUAAACCACAAUGGUUGCACUUUUAAGCCACUCUGGAGUCAACAUUUGAUUUCCAGUCAUGCCAAACAGCACCAAGAGUUCAAUGGGUUACCCCUGAAAGUUGGAUCAGUGUACUAUAGAUCAGGUUGGGGCUUUUAUUAAAACUUUCAGUCAAGUUUAUGUCCAAACUACAAGGCAUUAGGAAUAGGAGCAGGAACUUCUUAAACCACCUCUAUUAUUCAAUGAAAUCAUGGCUGAAAUUCUACCUCAGCUUCACUUUCAGAUUGAAUCCUCAUGUUCCUUGAUUUACCUUAAGUGUCUAAAGAUCUAUCAGUUUGAGUCUUGAAUAUACUCAGUGACUGAUUAUCCACCAACCUAUAGGAUAGAGAAUUCAAUAUAGUUACAAUCCUCUGAGUAAAGGAAUUCCUUCUCAUUUCUUUUCCAAGUGGUUGUCCCCUUAUUCUGAGUCCAUGCUCCUAGCUGUGGUGUCUAUGGUUGUAAGAUAUAGGCUAUUAUCUAAAUCUAUUUGGAUGUGAUGGGAUUUAAACUUUCAGUGACCAGCAGUGAUAAGUCUGGUGGUGUUGCAAUGAUAUUAAAGCAGCACAGUAUUCUGGAGGGUAAUACUUUGCAUUCUGAAGUCCUCUUGCUAAUAACUGUUCUUUUCAUAUGUAUAUAAAUAUUAUAUAUACACAAUAUAUCAUUUUUAUAAUAAUGUCCUCCCAUUAUGAUGGUCUGUGCAUCAUUCUGUGUACUGAUGACUUGGCAGGGAUCAAUAGACUUUUUAGUUUUGUCUGCUGGUCCUGACAGUCCAGCAACAAAGGGAGUUCAGUAUAUGCCUGAUGUGUUUUUUUAAAAUUUUUAAUUAACAAUGUAAACUAAAUAAAAGCCAUAUUGUCCUUUAUGUGAAAAGCCUAAGGAGAAAGCAAAACAAUAUGAAAGCAUUUUUAUAUACCAUGUCCUGCUCCUAAUGUAAAAAUAUGUUUGUGAAAAACAGGAGUAAAAUAUGUCCAUUAAAAGAUGUUUAAACAUUUUAAAAUCAUGAGGAAACCUUAUAAAAUUGGGUGGUGGAUGGAGACAUAAGCAAGGAAUGAUGUAUUUUUUUGUUUGCUGGUAGUUAGUUUUGUUUUAUUCAUUCAUCUGGUACUCAUCAACAAAGUCACCAUUUACCCUUGAGAAGGCAAUAGUGAGCCAUCCUUUUGAAAUGUUGCAGUACUUGUGGCAAAGAUGCUGUUUGGUAGGUUGUUGGACCCAUCGAUAAUGAAGAAAUAGUCAGGAUGGUAGAUAAGUUGGGAGGGGAAUCUGCAGAUAGCAAUACUCCAAUGCACCAUUUUCUCUUGUUCUUCUAGAUAGUACAGAUCACAGAUUUUGGAGAUGCUGUUAAAGGUUAGGUGAGAUUCUGCAGCUUGUCUUGCAGAUGUUACAUUCUGCAGUCAUGAUACCCCAGUAGCAAAAUAAGCAAAUGCUUAAUGUGCUGGAUUGGGUACUGAUCAAGGGGUUGCUUUGCCCUGUAUGGUUGAACUGCCUUAAUAUGUUACAGCUGUGCUUAUUUGGGCAAAGGGGGAAAUGCUCCACCACACUCCUGACUUGUGUCUUACAAAUGGUGGAAAGGCUUUGAGACUCAGGAGAUGAGUCACUUACCAUACAUCACCCAAGCUGUGACCUGUUCUUGGAGUCAGUCUUUUAUGUAUCUGAUCCUGUCAAGGUUCUGAUCAGUGGUGAUUCCCAGAUAUCACAAUGGGAAUGCCCUUUAAUUCCAGGAAAAAAAGGCUGGUUCGCUCUUGGAGUAUUAUUGAUUGCAUUGUGUAAGGUAUGAAUGCUAUUUACACUUACAGUAUCAGGACAAAUCUGAAUGUUGUCCAGGUUUGCUGCAUGCAGGUACAAACUGCAUCAUUUUCUGAAGAGUGACAAAUGGAACUGAAUGCUGUACAAUCAUCAAUAAACAUUCCCACUCCUGUACUUACAAAUGGAGUGAAGGUAUCCACUCCUGACAAUAUAAUGGCCAUUGACAAACCAGUUGAAGAUGAUAAGACCUGGAAUGUGGUAUAGUGGAACUCCUGCAGAAAAGGUAUGAACAGUGACUGGAGAGUUUAUCCCUACCCCCCAAUUCCUAUUGACUUCAAUUUUAACAUGUUGAAGUACUAGAUUGGACUGUAAUAAUUACUUCAGAGCAAAUAAUUUUAAAAGAACCUAAUCAAAGAAGUGAUCAGAGCAAUGGGAAUGGAUUUCUGUAGAUGCUUUAGCUUGUCUGUCAUAACUUGGCAGAAAGUUUACAGAUGUUUUUUUCAGGGUUUCUGCAGAUAAUUUGCCAAAAUUAUGCUUGAGCAAAUUAUGCAUGAUAAGCUCGAGGGAAAGUAAUCUUCAGUACUAUUCCUUCAAAGGAGAAUUUGAAGAGCUUUGCAAUAUUAUACUACCAAUAGUGGUGGCUGUGUUUCACUGACCAUGUUAUCUUUGUGCUAUGUGCGUUGAUUAAGGAUUGAUAACCAUGAUGAUAGAUGAUCAAUAAAUAUCUCAGAGCCACUGUAUAACGCUAACAAAAAGCCAUUUGACAUGAAGCUGAUUAUGGGACAAUAGAGAAAUAUAAUUAAUGGCUUCCAGAACAAAACAGAGAUUCCAUCCAAAACAAAAAGUGACUCCAAGGAAAUAUGUGCACUUCCUGUCAGAUGACUGGAUACUAUUCAAGACAAUGGAAGUUUCAACGCAUCACUUUCAAUACAUCACUUCCAACACACCCAUUUUAUAAAAGGCUACUAUUCCUUGGUUGCUUGGGGACAACCAAACUUCACUCAGGAAGUUAAUCAGUUCACUCUCUUUAAUCAUGGUUAAUGUUAAUUGUAAUGGGUACAAUCACACAUCUGUUCAAAAAAACUGAGAAAUCAUCCUAUGAAAUAUUUACCAGAAAGGAAGUUAUCUGUGAAUAAUUUUCAGCACAUGCUUUUGCUUUGAAUGUCAGAAUAUAUAACCUUAUCUGUGCACUGUAUGCCCUUUGUACAUAACUUUUAUAUCAUAAUGAAAUAACAUCUGUAAAUUUCUCCAACUUAAAACAUUUUACAUAGACUGCAAAAUAACACAUUUCCGUUGUCAUUAUAAAAUCAUGUUCUUAAAUAAAUAAAAGUUAAUAAAGGCAAAUCA